CACUUGAACCCCCAGGGUGGAGGUUGUGGUGAGCCCAGAUCGCGCCAUUGCACUCCAGCCUGGGCAAAAAGAGCGAAACUGUCUCAAAAAAGACUGUGGAAAGAUAUGAAGACAGAGUUUUUUCUCCUGUCACCCCAUCAGUUUUUGUUCACUGUCUAAUCUCUGGAAGGAAGGUGGGCAACAGGUGGCCAGCAGUGGUCUGUGUGUGGUUAUCUUAUUCUUGCUGCUUUCUGCUUUUUUUUAUGACCACUAUCUGUUCCAACCUGGGAACUGAGGAGAGAUGUUGGUAGGAAGAGGCUUUCCCCCACCUCUGAUGUGCAGGCCCUUCAUUCAGCUGACAUCUCAGCUGCACUUCAAUAUGGCAGCUAUUGGCCACGUGUGGCUACUGGGUGCGUGGAAUGUCGCUGGUCUAAACUGCAAUGUGCUAGAAAGGUAAAAUACAGAGUUAGUUUCAAAGAUUUAGUUUAUAUAUAUAUAUAACUUUAUAUUAUAUAUAUAAACUUUAUAUAUAUUUCAUUAUUGCUCACAAACUGAUAAUAUUUUGGAUAUAUUGGGUAAAUUAAAUUGUUACAUCAACACCUUUUUCUUGUUUCUUUUUAAAGUUGGCUACUAGAAAGUUUAAAAUUCACAUGUGGCUUAUAUUUUAUUUCAGAGGGGUUGCCUUUUUAAAAAAAUCUCAGGCUGCUUGCUCAAAUGCCAGAAGCCAGGAAGAUCAUCAAAACUGAAAUUUUAAAAUUAUUGUUAUAUAUUUUUCCUUUGUGAAUAGCCAUAUAGUAUAUUAUUUAUAAAUACAUGAAACCUUAUACACGAGGUUAAAUGCAAAUACCCUCCGGGGUGGGCCUGGCUCGGCUCAGGGAGGAAGGCCUGCCUGAAAAGGCUGCAGCUUAGGCUGUCACUCUUACUUCAUUCAGUCCAGCAUUUGGCCAAGUCUUCUGUCACUCAAGGCCUGAAGCGGCCGGGCCUUAGACGGUUUCCAAUCAGGGACGCUGAGCUGGGGACUGUCCAAUCAGGCACGCAGCUGGAGCGGACAGGGCGGCUUCCGGGAUUUGGCGGGGCCUUUGUCUCUCGCUGCAGCUGGAGCUCUUGGUCUCGUCUUCCCUGCUCUGAGUCUCCCUGCUCCUAGAGGCCCAGCCUCUGUGGCCCUGUGACCUGCAAGUAUUGGGAGAUCUACAGCUAAGACGCCAGGGUCCCCCUGGAAGCCUAGAAAUGGGACCGUUAACAUUUAUGGAUGUGGCCAUAGAAUUCUCUGUGGAGGAGUGGCAAUGCCUGGACACUGCACAGCAGAAUUUAUAUAGGAACGUGAUGUUAGAGAACUACAGAAACCUGGUCUUCCUGGGUAUUGCUGUCUCUAAGCCAGACCUGAUCACCUGUCUGGAGCAAGGCAAAGAACCCUGGAAUAUGGAGAGACAUGAGAUGGUGGCCAAACCCCCAGGUAUGUGUUGUUAUUUCGCCCAAGACCUUUGGCCAGAGCAGAGCAUAAAAGCUUCUUUCCAAAGAAUAAUACCAAGAAAAUAUGAAAAAUGUGGACAUCACAAUUUACAGUUAAAAAAAGGGUGUAAAAGUGUGGAUGAGUAUAAGGUGCACAAAGGAAGUUAUAAUGGAUUUAACCAGUGUUUGUCAACUACCCAGAGCAAAAUAUUUCAAUGUGAUAAAUAUGUGAGAGACUUUCAUAAAUUUUCAAAUUCAAAUAGACAUAAGACUGAAAAGAAUCCUUUCAAAUGUAAAGAAUGUGGCAAAUCAUUUUGCGUUCUUUCACACCUAACUCAACAUAAAAGAAUUCACACUACUGUCAGUUCCUACAAACUUGAAGAAUGUAGCAAGGCUUUUAAUGUGUCCUCAACGCUUUCUCAACAUAAAAGAAUUCAUACAAGACAGAAACACUACAAAUGUGAAGAAUGUGGCAUAGCCUUUAACAAGUCCUCACACCUUAACACACAUAAGAUAAUUCAUACUAGAGAGAAAUCCUACAAACGUGAAGAAUGUGGCAAAGCUUUUAACAUAUCCUCACACCUUACUAAACAUAAGAUAAUUCAUACUGGAGAGAAUGCCUACAAAUGUAAAGAAUGUGGCAAAGCUUUUAACCAGUCAUCAACCCUUACUAGACAUAAGAUAAUUCAUGCUGGAGAGAAGCCCUACAUAUGUGAACAUUGUGGCAGAGCUUUUAACCAAUCCUCGAACCUUACUAAACAUAAGAGAAUUCAUACUGGUGAUAAACCUUAUAAAUGUGAAGAAUGUGGCAAAGCCUUUAAUGUGUCCUCUACCCUUACUCAACAUAAGAGAAUUCAUACUGGGGAGAAACCUUACAAAUGUGAAGAGUGUGGCAAAGCCUUUAACGUGUCCUCAACUCUUACUCAACAUAAGAGAAUUCAUACUGGAGAAAAACCAUACAAAUGUGAAGAAUGUGGCAAAGCCUUUAACACAUCCUCACACCUUACCACACAUAAGAGAAUUCAUACCGGAGAGAAACCCUACAAAUGUGAAGAAUGUGGCAAAGCCUUUAACCAGUUCUCACAACUUACUACACAUAAGAUAAUUCAUACUGGAGAGAAACCCUACAAAUGUAAAGAAUGUGGCAAAGCUUUUAAGCGGUCCUCAAACCUUACUGAACAUAGGAUAAUUCAUACUGGAGAGAAACCCUACAAAUGUGAAGAAUGUGGCAAAGCUUUUAACCUAUCCUCACACCUUACUACACAUAAGAAAAUUCAUACUGGAGAGAAACCCUACAAAUGUAAAGAAUGUGGCAAAGCUUUUAACCAAUCCUCAACCCUUGCUAGACAUAAGAUAAUUCAUGCUGGAGAGAAACCCUACAAAUGUGAAGAAUGUGGCAAAGCUUUUUACCAAUACUCAAACCUUACUCAACAUAAGAUAAUUCAUACUGGAGAGAAACCCUACAAAUGUGAAGAAUGUGGCAAAGCCUUUAACUGGUCCUCAACUCUUACUAAGCAUAAGGUAAUUCAUACUGGACAGAAACCCUACAAAUGUAAAGAAUGUGGCAAAGCUUUUAAUCAAUGCUCAAACCUUACUACACACAAGAAAAUUCAUGCCGUAGAAAAAACUGACAAAUAUGAAGAAUGGACCGGGCGCAGUGGCUCACACGUGUAAUCCCAGCACUUUGGGAGGUCAAGGCUGGUGGAUCAUGAGAUCAAGAGAUUGAGACCAUCCUGGCCUACAUGGUAUUUAGUAGUCUCUAUUUAGUAGUCUCUACUAAAAAAUACAAAAAUUAGCUGGGUGUGGUGGCGCAUGCCUGCAGUCCUAGCUACUAAGGAGACUGAGGCACGAGAAUCCCUUGAA